CUGGAUGACAGAGUUGUUGGCAACAGCUGUGCUGUAUUAGGUCAGCACGUGACACUGAACGCAUCAGCACCAUUUCCAGAGAAAAGUGGAAUUAUUGUUCAUGUAAAUGUCAUUUAUCGACGAUAUGAAAGAAUAGAAGCUGACAUGAUGUAGACGAAAAGAUAAUGAAUGCAGAAGAAUUUCUGUCUCUAGAAUUAAACAUAGAUCCUAUAGAUAGCCAUUUAAUAUUAGAUAAAAUGGAGAAUGACAGAUACGAGGACGAAGCGAGUGACAGACGUGACGGGGUCGAAUCAAGUGACAGAUGUGACGAGGAUGGGUCGAGUGAUCGACGUGAUACAGAAGAGGAACCUGAUUCACCCCUCGUCCCAAAACAACUCACAUCAACACCGAUAAAAGUUAUUGAGGAUGAAAAUGAAACACCACGAGAAUUUGAUCCUUACAACAACACAGAUCAGUUUGAUGAUGGUGAUGAGACUGGAUCAAAUAGUGCUUCAUUAUAUAGUAGUCCAAGUCAUCAAGACAUUCCUACUAUCACGAUCACACCAGAAUCUGAUCCAAUAGAACCAGAUCAGCUGAGAGUUCCUAUAUUAGGGCAUGAGGUCAUGGAAUCCAGAUCAAAAUUUACUGUUUAUAAAAUUGAAAUAGAAAGAGAUGGCUUUGAUAAAUGGUUUGUAUUUAGAAGAUAUAAUGAUUUUUACCAACUCCAUGAAAAGUUAAAAGAGAUCUUCCCCAAUUUUCGUCUUGCCUUACCUCCUCGUCGUUGGUUUCGAAGCAAUUACGACAAGGAAUUUCUGGAAGAAAGAACUCUGGGAUUGCAGGCCUUUCUCAAUAAUAUCACAGGACAUGGAGAUAUUUGUAAUUGUAAAUGUGUCCGCGAUUUUUUCUGUUUUGAUGAUCCUCCAGGACCACAUGAUAGUCUAGAAGAAAGCAGGGCAUUAUGUGAGAAUUUAGAAGAAACUGUUUAUAAUUUAAGAAAGGAAUUAUCAGAGAAGGAAGAAGAAGUGGAGAUUUUACAAGAAGAAUUAAGUUUAUAUAAAAAUCAAGUGGAAAUAUUAUCUAGAGAACUGAGAGAAGCGAAGAGAGAUAGUACAUGUACGUCCAAAUAUGUUGCAACAUCACCUGGAUCGAAUCAACUCUCAUUGGCUGAAUGUGAUCAAGGAGGUGAUUCUGACCAAUCAGCCAGUAGCGAUAGCCACCUGACAGCAACAGAUAAAUCAGAUACAGAAGACACCAAGCAAGACAAAGUGUCGCCAUCUACUGGUAUAAAUAGGAUUCCGUUUAAAAAUAAAAUCUCUGUGCCGAUUGUAUCAACUGAUGUGUACAGUUCAUAAUAAAUCAUUCAUUUUUGUGGAAGUCAUCGUGUUGGAGAAUGCUAGAUUGAAAACGGUCUAGCACAAAUGGAUUGUGGGUUAGGGUUAGGGUAAAAUUUAGGUCUAGGAGUAGGGUUAGUGCUAGCCCUGUUUACAUCUCAAGAACCUUACCCUAACCCUAACCCACACUCCGCAUAAUGAGGUCAUAUGAUCUAGCGGUCUCCCCUGAGUUUUAAUUAUAGAAUACGAUACUGGUGUUUUAUCUCUGUCAUAUUUAGACGGAGGCCUGAUAUAAAAAGAUGUUUUUAUUUCUGCUGUAAAGGACGUAACUAGUGCUAGUCUCCGCUUCCAUGCUUGUCUAUUUAUCUGUGCUUUUUGAUUGGACAUCAGUUUGUGUCUGCAACUAACAUCACUACGCAUAACUUUGAACAAAGUUCAGGUUUUACUUUUUGUAAAAUUGAUGGAUAGAUUGAGAGACUUUUGGUAACUUUAUAACUAUUAUAGAUGGAUUUCGUGGUUCGUGUGGCACUGUGAAUAAAGGUUAUGGUUAGAGUUACCUCUCCUUAUAGUGUGUAUCCUUUGGACAACUUUAUAACUGUUUGAUAGAUACCAGGGUAGGUGCGGUCGCUGUAGUGCUGUGAAUAAAGGGCAUGGUUGGAGUACUUUUCCAUGUAGUGUCUAUCCUUUCGACAACAGUAUAACUAUUAGAUGCAUAUCACGGUAUGUGCGGAGCUGUAAAUAAAGAUGGGGUUUAGAAUUUGGCUGUUGGGAAAAUUGGGUGAACAGGUCCUCAUGUGUUGUGUUUGUUUUUUUUUUUCUUUUUUCAAUAAUUCUAGAAUCUUUCCCUCCAGUGAAUUUAAAUGAUUGUAAUUAAACAAUUUGAUGUGGAAAGGUGAUCUACAGAAUAGCAUGUUUUGAGAUGUAAUCCACAAAAACUCCAACUAACAUAAUCAGCAAAACUUAAAACUAAAAUAUUUCAAGGAAUCAGCCUUUUCAUUGAUUUUAUUACCUUGAAGAAGAAGAGAGUACCUCUCCGAACCGUUGGUUUAACAAUAUGAUGAUGAAAACAGUGUCGGUGUCGUGUGUUUAUCUACGUUAAUAUUUAUCUAGUGAAGGAUACUUCCGUAUCGGAUCCUUCGAUCCAUUGUUUUCAUAUUCCUGGUGGAUGCGGAUUCUACACAAGUUUUUCGUAGAAGAAGAGCUAGGAUUCUCAGCCAAUGAAAAAAGCUGAUUUAUUUUGUGGUUAAGGCCGCUGGUUUUCAGAUAUAAAUAAUUUAAUUGAGAAAGUCUGGUAAACCUGACAUUGACUAGAGUCCCGAAGGAAAACAAUUAUAUCGUGUGAACUGAAUAUUCGACCCAGGCAGCGGUUUAUGGUGCUUUUUUGUUUGUUUGUUGUGAAGUAUUUAGUACAUUGUUAAUUAAGUUUGAAGUUUGUGUUUGAUGGAGAUAUGUUGAUGAUAAAGUAGUGACAGAAAGAAAUUGGCAAUAAUAGCGAAAUACAGACGAGUAAGUAGCCACAGACGUUCCAGUAACAUCAGUGUGUCGAGGAGUUAUUGCUAGAGUCCUCGUUAAAAUCAUUUUCGACAAUCUGAUUAAAUUACAGAAACUACUUCGUUUUGUUUUUUAUAGUUCAAAAUUUUGUUUUACUUAUCUUUACUACACUAGGAUCUACACUUCGUUUCGUUUUUUAUAGUUCAAAAUUUUGUUUUACUUAUCUUUACUACACUAGGAUCUGGAAGAGUUGUUAUAUAACCCGCAUUCUGGAUGAUGUGAGGGAUUAGCCAAUGAAACGGUCUGUUACGACAAGUCUUUGGCGUGAGGUGCACGGAAUUGUGGGUAACCCACUAGAAACAUCAACACUGAUUGGGUAAUCAAAUGUCUAACGUCAUAGGGUCAAAAGCCUCCCACUACAACUGGUCAGAUCUUUAUGUAGUAGAGUCCAUCGAAAGUAUAAAAAAACGAAACAUAGAUCUGUAUUUUAAUCAGAUUGGUGUGUCGAGGAGUUCUUGCUAGUUAAUUAAAGUUAAAAUCAUUUUCUCAUUUUCGUAUUGUAUGUGAAAGUACAGAUCCUUUUUUUAUUCGUCUUUUUAGAAUUCAAAUUUACUUUUGAUUUUUCUUUACCAACGAAUCUGGAAGGAUUUUUAAAUAAACCACUUUCUUGUAGAUAUAAGAGAUUAGCCAAUGAAAUGGCCUGUUUUAAUUGAGCUUUAGGCCAAGUAUACACUGAAUCCAGGAGAAACAUUUAUAGAGCAGAAGUUCGGAAUACCUGACAACUCAUCCCAAAGACAACUUAUCCCAAGACAACUCAUCCCAAUAUAAGACAACUCAUCCCAAGAUAGAAGACAUCUCAUCCCAAGAUAAAAGACACCUCAUCCCAACUUAGUUUUGUUUGGUUUAAUACAUGAGUCGAGAUAUGAACAAUUUAUUAAAUAAUACAUUUUAUUACACAGAUGGAAUAGCUUGAACUGCGUGGAUCUAGUCUGCUUCUGUUGGUGUCUUCUCAAUUUCCUCUCAAGACACCAUUUUGAUCUGGGUUGGUAGCACAUUUUUAAAACAAAAUCAGAUUGGUCUGAGUUGUCUUCGAAGAAAGCAAUUGUAUUAACACAAAUAUAACUAGCACUUAUAUUUGUUGGGAUGAGUUGUCUUAUAUCUCGACCCAUGUUUUAAAGUUGGGAUGAGUUGGAUUUUAUCUUAGAAAGAAUUGUCUUCUAAAUUGGGAUGAGUUGUCAAAUAUUGGGAUGAGUUGUCUUUUUUGAUGAGUUGUCUUUGGGAUGAGUUUUCUGUAUAUGAAAAGUUUGAUAUAAAUAGUUUAUAUCAUUCAGUCAAAGUUAACCGUGUAAUUGCUCGCUAUCUAGUCAGAUAUAAUAUGUGCAGGAUUGGGUUACUAUUCCGUAGGUCGUUAUUAUUGAACAGGUACUGUGGUGGCGCCCCCAGUAAAACAGCCCAAUAUUUGUUUUUGACUCAUAUAAUAUAUUUACGAUAUUUGAUUAAAUACUUUUAUAAAUAGAUAUAUAUAGAGUACUUAUACUUUCAUUCAGUAUUCACAAAUAAAAACCUUUUUACUUAAUCUUUUAAAUACCUAUCAUAUCCUGCUUUCAUAGGCCUCAGAUUAGCAGACCAUGUUAAACUGACUGUGUCGAUAUGGAAUUGAGAAUUGAGGCCCCUGUUUCAGCUUGUGUACCCUCUAGAGGUCACAAUUUUUAUCCGAUUUGAAAAACCAUUUAAAUAUAUCACUUUUACGCACUAAUCAUGGUUGAGUUUGAAUUUCGUGAAAAUGGAACAGAAACUGCCCAACAAAAUGUCUUCUACUUGUACGCAAAUAGUGUAAAAGUUUGUAAUACCAAGGUUGUGAACCCUCUACAAAUCACAAUUUUUAUCCGAUCUUGAUGAAACUUAAAAUAUAUAUUUAUAUCCAAAAGAUUUUGGUUCUUUUCGAUAGUCGUGCCUUCCUGGAUAAUGGCCCCCUGAUUGUAAAACAAAUCACAUUUUUUUUUUUUACUUGUUCUCUAUCCAAAUCUUGCAAAAUGUGAGCAACUGCUGGUUAACUAUUAUAGCGAGAACUCUCAACUCUGUAUGUAAUCUUAUCUAAUACCCCUUUAAAGUGUGAAUUUCUCACUGCAUAAAUUGUUUAUUAAAGAUUGGUUAUUUUAUAUAUUUUUGGGUUUUUUCCACAUUUCUUGUGUUCCACAUUAUUACAAUGUAUGUUUGAUCUAUCUUUAGUUUUUUUUGUUUAAAUUGUAAUUCUUAAAGGGAAAUUAGGGCUUUUGGGGUUCUCACCAGUGGCAUGCAUGUUUCAUGAAAUUUUAACUAAAGUUAAAAUCCAAAUUUUAGUAGAUACUUCAAUUUUGAUUGGCUAAGCACUAAAAUCAAUCUAAUAUUAUCCAAUCAAAUUACUAAAAUUUGGAUUUUAUCUUAGUUAAAAUUUGGUGAAACAGGCCCCAGCUGGUAAAAUUGCUUGACAAAUGUUUGACAUAUAGUACUAUUUUACAAGUUUGAUUAUUAACCUAAAACGGUGGACACACUAGCCGAAUCGUUCGGCCGAAUCAAUCGGCGUCGAAAUUCGCCUAGUAUGUCCACUGUCAUUCGGCCGAAUGAUUCGGGCGAAUAGAAAUUCGGCCGAAUGAUUCGCCCAAAUCAAACAGGUUUGAUAUAUUCGGCCGAAUUAUAUUCGCCUGGUGUGUCCCCUUCGCCGAAGCAUUCGGCCGAAUAUAGAAUUCAUUAGCCAAUCAACACUCAUAUCGAGAAGUCACGUGAUAGAAUGAAGACAUAGACGCCACCAUGUUUAAUCAUGUGACGUGAAAGGUGAUGCAAUCGACAGGUUGAAUCGGGCGAAGCAUUCGGCUAGUGUGUCGACACAUUCGGCCGAUAAAAUUCGGCGCCCAUUGAUUCGGCCGAACGAUUCGGCUAAUGUGUCCACUGCUUAAGGUUAUAUAGAACCUGAUUUUAUUCAGGAUUAUUUACAUUGUACAUUGGUAAAAAGUGGGGGUUGGGUGGCCAAAUGGUUAACACGUGUAAUUCAUUGAGUCAAGUGGUGUGGUUUCGAUUCCCCGGUUGUACGUGACAAGGAGUAGGGUCACCUGUCCAACCUAAGGGUUUUUCUCUGGGUCCUCCCACUGCUAAAGACCCCUACAUGCAAGCGAAUUAUUGAAAUAAAAUUGAACCAUAUGUUAGUGGACGUAAAUCCCCAUUUCUCUCUCUUGGUAAAAAUGAUAAUACCUAUUUGAAGAUGUAUUAUAAGAGAGAGAGAGAAAUGGGGUUUAACGUCCACUCGACAAAAACUAGGUCAUUUCGGGACUCUACUCCUUGUCACGUACAACCGGGGAUUCGAAACCACGCCAGUCGACUCAAUGACAGACUUUAUGAUACAGCGCGCGCACGCUAACCAUGCAGCCAUCCAACCCCCCUAGAUGUAUUAUGUAAGAUUUAGAUUAAGAGCUGGCCGGUCUUGCAAAAAAUAGAUAAUGAAAAAUGAAUAUAUUGAAAAUUUGAUUCAAAUUACUUUAUUCCGGGCGAAGUUAUUAGUGUUUGGAGAUGUAGUGUAGAUUGUUUAUUAUUGUACCAACAUUAUUGGCUUGUUAUAUAAAUAAAUUUCUUAAUAAUAAUUUAUGUAAGCUUUGAAGCCCCCAAAAAAGACCUGCAAUAGGCAGAUUUAGCUCUUACAUAAUACAUCUGUAAAAAAAAUAGAAACAUUCUGGUGAGUUUACAUGUAUUAUCGUAGCAACAUUAUUGGCUUGUUAUACGAAUCAAUUUCUAAAUAAUAAUGUAUGUAAGCUUUGAAGCCCCAAAAAAGACCUGUAAUUGGCAGAUCUAGCUCUUACUUAAUGCAUCUUUAAAAAAUAUUAAAACAUUCUGGUGAAUUCUCAAUAAUGUGUAGGUCUUAUGUCAAUCUGAUUAAAACCCACAUCUUAUUUC